AUGGAAGGUACACAUGUCAGUACUGAUGUGUAUAACGAUCGCUAUGGCGACGACUACGUCUACCGUAGUACAGAGAGCUACUACAUAGAUACAGUCGGCUGUAUACCCGUGGCAUUGCUGGGUAUCGUGGGUAACCUGGUCUCCCUCCUCGUGUGGAACUCACAGACCACGUACAGCGCCACCAUCUUGCUGUUUAAGUACCUGGCCGUGUGGGACACCGCAUACCUCGUGUCUUUCAUCCCCGUUUCCUUUGUUUAUGACGAUGAUCCAGGAGGCCCUCUGGCCAUAUCGCUGGACGCUUUCUGGUACCUCACCAAGCUGGAGUCAGUGCACACCACCCUGCUCAUUGCCUUCACCCGAUGGCUGGCGGUGCACCGACCUGUCCACGUGCACACCGGAAGUCUGUUAACACGACGUCACGUGGUGGUGUCCUGUCUGGUCGUCUUGGUCUGGUGCCUGGCGAUCAGCGCCGUCUUCAUGACCUUUAACCUGAUUCUAGGGACUUCUAACACCUGGGUACUCGAGCUGAUCAUCAUUAACAUCGUGGGUCUGGCUGUGCCUGUCCUUCCCCUUGUCGUCUUCAACCUUCUCACAAUAAAGAAGAUUCGUUCUUCAACAUCAACAACAUCGUCAUCAGAACAACGACUGCCCACGUCCAGGACCAGCAACCACAGCUUAACCAUCACCAUCAUGUCCAUGAGUGUUUUGAGUGUCGUGGCCUACACCAUCGGCAAGACUGUGAUGGAUGUUUAUUGGCUUCGACACUGGAGUGAGAGUGGCAGCUCCUUUACCACCCUGCAGUCUUUGACCGAGCUGCUGCAGGUCGUGAACUCCAGUGUCAACAUUAUCUUCUACUUCUCAUUCUCUCGCAAGUUUCGCAGUUCCUUCAAAAACUGCUUUGUUCGCAGAGGCCAUGCAGGCAGAGCUCGACGAGAAGUUCUUCAAAGCGAUGACAGAAAUGAUUUCAACAGCAGUUGUGCAAUGUCCAGACUGUAA